CAACAUUGUACAGAUACGUUAAGCCACGACCGCAAUUGACUAGGCUAAAUUAGCUUCGUUACUGUGAACACGCUAGUUACAUUUUUGCCUCGCAAGGCCUGUUCAAUCAGGCAACGUUAUUCUGUGCCUCCAGCAAAUAAGGAAAAUCUAUACGACUUGGCCUCGGGCCGUCAUUUUUUCUGUUUGAUUGUCACGUAGUUUGCCAGGUUAAAAUUCACCCAACGGUGUCAGAUUUAGUAGAGAGCAGAAAUGAUGCAGGACAGAGCUCGAGCUACUAGUUCCCGGUUUUGAACGAAAGGAACUACCCUUAGGCUACUGCAGAAGAAAUACGGAGUUAAGAGGACAUGCAGCACCCAAACUUUGAGACGAGGCACCCUCUGCAGACGGAGGAGCAGGAAACAGGAUAUGACCCUCUCCAGAACUUCAACAGGAACCGCGGGCUAGGAGGAUCACUGGACAGUGGCUUAACGCCCGAAUCUACAUUCAUCUCCUACAGGAAAGAGUGGGAUGGCUGGUUCCAGAACAGUAACUACCUGCCGCGCAUCAGGCAGGCAGGCAUUAUCGGCCGAUUGCGGAGCAGCCGAUUCCGCAGUGUGUGCUGGAAGCUGUAUCUUGAGGUGCUUCCAGAGGAUAAGACUCAAUGGAUCAACAAGACCAAGGCGCUCCGAGACCAGUAUGAGAAGAUCAAAGAGAUGCACAUUACAAACCCACGGAAAGCUGCUGGCCAACAGGACCUUGUGGUAAACAACCCUCUAUCGCAGGAUGAGGGGAGUUUGUGGAAUAAGUUCUUUCAAGACAAGGAGCUGAGAGGGAUGAUCAAACAAGACGUCAUGAGAACGUUUCCAGAGAUGAGGUAUUUCCAGGAGGAAGACGUGAGGACGAAACUCACUGACAUUCUUUUCUGUUACGCUCGAGAGAACCAGCAGCUGCUCUACAAACAGGGCAUGCACGAGUUGUUGGCUCCCAUAGUGUUUGUAUUGCACUGUGAUCACCAGGCCUUUCAGCACGCAAGUGAAACCGCCAAUCCCAGUGAAGACAUGAAGGAGUUGUUGAAUCCCAUGUUCCAUGAACACGAUGCCUAUGCCAUGUUCUCUCACCUGAUGGAGACUGCUGAACCCUGGUUCUCCAGCUAUGAACGGGAGGUCAGGAAGGGCAAAGAGGAGAUGAUGACUAGCAUGCCCUUCGCUCGGCCGCAGGAUGCAGGCCCAUCCGUUGCCGUAGUUACCAAAGUGAACCGCAUCCAGGAGCAGUUGGUGAAGAAGCAUGACAUCGAGCUGUACAUGCACCUCAACCGCCUGGAGAUAGCGCCGCAGAUCUACGGCAUUCGCUGGGUGCGGCUGCUGUUUGGUAGAGAGUUCCCUCUGCAGGACCUGCUGGUGGUGUGGGAUGCUCUGUUCGCUGACAGCAUCACUCUGGACCUGGUGGACUAUGUGUUUGUAGCCAUGCUGCUUUACAUCAGAGAUGCAUUGAUUGCCAGUAACUUCCAGACGUGUCUAGGACUCCUCAUGCACUAUCCCCCGGUUGGAGACAUCCAUUCCAUGCUGCAGAAGUCACUCUUCCUGAGAGACCCAAAGAAUAAUCCUCGGCCGGUAAACUAUCAGUUCCAGCAGAACCUCGAUUACUACAAAACCCGUGGAGCUGAAAUGUUCAAUAAGACACGUAGUGCGAGUACUAGGGCCCCCCCUCUCAACAUAAACAAAGUCUCCAGCUCUCUGCUGAGCUUCGGACGCAAGCUCAUCUCCCCGGCGAUAUCGGGCGGAGCCGCCAGCGGCAUCUCACCAAUCAACAGCGAGGUGCUGUCGGCCACGCCCAUGCCUGCAGCCACCCGCCACUCAUCGGACCCGGCCAGUGCUGGCCCCACCCCCUCCCACUCGGCCGUGUCGCACGCGCAGACGCAGUCACACCGACUGCUCAAGUCUGAGAGUAUGCCUGUACAGCUGAGCAAAGAUGUAGGCUGUAGUGGGUCUCAGGUCUCUCUCCCUACCCAGAUUCUUUCUGAUACCCCAGGAUACUCCUCGAGGACGGUUAGCUCCUCCCCUAGUAUUGAAAGUCUGUCUAGUGGGCGUGACCAUGCCAUGGCGUCCCCGCCCCUCCCCGCAUCAAGAGGGCGGGACUCCAGCACCUCGUCCCCGCCCCUCUCUGCCACUAAGAAAGACUCCUUCUUCAACAUCAGCCGCUCACGAUCCCACAGCAAGACUGUGGGCAGGAGAGACACGGAGGAGCUGGAGGCCCAGGUGUCAUUUCUGCAGGGUCAGAUUAAUGACCUGGAGGCCAUGAGCAAAUACUGUGGCAAGAUGAUGAAUGUGCACAUCGGUAAAAUCCAGGAGGUGAUUUUGCAGGAGCAUCUGCAGAAGGAGGAUGAGGUUUUAGUGUCACUGGCUGGACUAAAGCAGAUUAAGGAUAUCCUGAAGGGGGCGCUGCGCUUCAACCAGAGUCAGCUGGAAGCAGAGGAGAACGAGGAACUCACCAUCGCUGACGAUCACUACUGUUCCACCGCUGCACACGCUCUCGCACAGGCUCAAAUGCAUGCUCAAGCACACACACACGCUCACACACACGCUCACACACACGCUCACACAGACGCUCACACAGACGCUCACACACACUCACCUCAGCAGAAGCCUCUGGAGCAGGAGCUGGAAUCUCACCAGGACACGGACACUGUGAGGGACAUGCCCCCAACGAUACCCCAACAACAGGUAGCUGAGGGCCGCAACUGGGAUGACUACAUCCUGGUCUCUCAGGACGGUAAUGGUGAUGGCGAAGGUGAUGGCGAAGGUGAUGGCGAUGGUGAUGGUAAUGGCGACGAUGAUGGUGACAGCGAUGGCGUGCUACCACCAGCCGAGAGUCUGGGCACGCCCAUCAAGCCUACCUUCCAUGACCCACUGGCCAUCACCACCCCUGGGUCAUCCAGCCCAGAAGAGGGCAGCACCCACAGCAAAGACUCCGACUUCACCAUCGUUAACCCUGCCGACCUCUAACCUCUGACCCCGCCCCGAUCUGGUCAACAUUUGGACCUGGUCUGACCCUGAUCCGCUUCACAGUUGGCUACAGUCUGGGACGCGGCCUUUAACCCCUCUCUGUAUGAUAUACUGUACCAUAAGCCCUGUCUGUAUUAUAUACUGUACCAUAGGCCCCGUCUCUUACAGCUGUCCCGAGCAGGGCAGGACUUCUCCUUCACUGUCACUCACAGAGGCUGAGGAGGGAAGGAGAAGCUGCUGGCCUCUGUUUAUGGGGAGAUGCUCGGUAGACGCAGCUAACAUCCUCUCUCCUCUCCUCUCCUCUCCUCUCCUCCCUCCCUCUCUUCCUCCCUUUCUGGCUCGCUCUCUCUCUUUCUCCCUCUCUCCCUCUCUCUCUCUCUCUAGCUCGCUAUAAAUGAUUGUAUGACUGUGAUUACCUGUUUGUCUGUCGGUUGAAGGAGUCUUCAUUCCGACGCUAAUUCAGUAUACUAUAGAUAUGCUACCAGCCCUUGUCUCCUUCAACAUUGUCCCACGCACACGCACGCACGCACGCACGCACACACACACACACACACAAACACACACACACACCCUUUGUGAUUGGCUCAGUGCCUGGAUGAUACUUAGAUCUGUGAUCAUAGUUUUUUUUUUUCCCUCUUUUGUGUUUUGGUUAUUUUUUUAAAUGAAAGUUUUUAACUCUGAUUACCAUCCUCGAAAUAUAUUUAAUUAUUUAAAAACUUAGCACAUUUCUUUUUCAUUGUAUGUUUUUCAUUGUUGAUAUGUGACUUCUCUUUUUUUUACAUUUUAUGUGGAUGUCAUUUACCUUUUUUGUCCUGAGUUACUGUCCUGUCACUUCCUGUGGUUACCAUGGUUACUGUGUCUGGUCUUAGCCGUUAAGGGGAAGUGACAUCACCCCCCCCCCCCACACUCCCUUUCCCCCUGCUGGAGUCUUAUCAACUACAGAUCAAUAAAUGCUCAUACCUAUA